AUGAAGCCUUUUACUCAGACUGUUUCCCCACAAGCCCGCACGGCUGAGACGACAGACCAGAAAGAGACACCAGAUCUUCCACAAUCUACAACUCCUGCAGCGGAAGAUGUCUCACAUGAUCCGUUCCACGACCUGAUCCCCGGCUACCCAAAGCUCGCUGGAAGGAUGGGUAUCAUGCCCGAGAUAGGGAUGUUCAGAAGAUUCGGCGCACUCAAUGCGCGCAACCUACUCUACUACCAAAACGAACUGGUGUACCUAGAGGAUGAGCUGAAGGAGGAAGAGGCUGAAGACGCAAAGAGUCCGGAGGGUAAGAAAGCGAUGUACAGCCAUGAUGCUUAUUGGCUCAACACCGCAAAUCGCACGACAGACGACGAGCUCCGAGACGGCGACAUGAGGCAAAGAGACCUCAUGAUGCACGACGCACUCAUCCAACAGUCCACUAUACUCCAGCGCAUGAAAGAGCCCAGUGCAUUCGAUCUCGACGAUAUCCAGCACUUCUUAGCAAGUGACCACAUGAAAGUACUCGCAGGUCUAGACGGGACUAUCUGGGGUUCUUUUGAACAGCCAAACAGCUACAGCAGAGAGCUUGUCGUCCUCCGGGGUCGAAAGGACACGGAUCCCUUCUCGCGAAACAUGGGCGCAAGAGCUAUUGAUUGGAUUGUGGGGCUUGGUGGUAAGCGCUGGAAGAAAGUCGACGCGAGAUGGGGAACUAUCGCCAUUCAUGACGAGACUAUCCUCUUGUUCACCUUUGGGGUCACUUGUCUUGUUGCUUCGGCUUUGCUGGUCAUUCCCAUCAUCAUGAUUGUGGGCAAGGAGUCUCUCAACGAACAGUUGGUGGUCAUUGUGGCUUCUAACGUGCUCACUGUGGUUUGCUUGGGGUACUUCACUCGGGCGCGGAGGAUUGAUGUUUUCGCUAUUACUGCUGCGUGA